AUGAGUGAUUCAACAUCAGCAUCGACUAAUAAUGCAUCAGUAUCAAUGUCAGUGUCAAAUAAAAAUUCGAUCACUAAUAGUUAUAAUAAUUUUGGAAAAUAUAUCAAACUCAAUGUUGGCAAUCAUCUCUUUUUAACAAGUUUUGAUACGCUAACAAAAGAAGAUACUAUGUUUAAAGCCAUGUUUAGCGGACGUAUGGAAGUUGUACAAGAUAGUGAAGGUUGGGUAUUAAUCGAUCGUGAUGGUAAACAUUUUGAUAUAAUAUUAAAUUAUUUACGUGAUGCUACUUUAAAUUUACCUGAUUGUACACAAACAUUAAAUGAAAUACUACAAGAAGCAAAAUUUUAUUGUAUACAAUCACUUGCUGAACUUAUUGAGCAACAUAUAAAAGUACGUGCGAAAAAAAAUACCGGUGAUAUAGAUGGUUGUUGUAAAGUGAUAAUGUUAACAGCUGCAAAAGAAUUACCAAGUAUUGUUGCUACUGUACGUAAACCAAUUGUUAAAUUAGCCAUUAAUAGACACAAUAAUAAAUAUUCCUAUACUUCUUCAUCUGAUGAAAUGUUAAUGAAAAAUAUGGAACUAUUUGAUAAAUUAAGUAUUCGGUUAAAUAAUCGAAUUUUAUUUAUAAAAGAUGUAACAAGUAGUGAAGAAAUAUGUUGUUGGAGUUUUUAUGGUAAUGGACAAAAAAUGGCUGAAAUUUGUUGUACAUCUAUUGUCUAUGCAACUGAGAGAAAACAAAAUAAGGUUGAAUUUUUCGAAGCCAGAAUCUAUGAAGAAACAUUAAAUAUUUUAUUAUAUGAAAAUCGUAAUGCAUCUGUCGAUGAAAUUAUUCGAGCAACAACACCACGUUUUGUAUCAAAUGCAGUGAAUGAGGAUGAUCUGGAAGAGGAGCGUUCUACUAAUGGAAAUUCGGCCUCUGGAACUAGUCGAACACAGAGAAAACGUUGA